AUGGUUCAAUACAUGUCAUUUAUUUUUGGAGAUUUCUUUCCUUGUUUGAAAUGGAUAGAAUCCAUUAGAGGGUUCACAGUGAGCUUGAAAUCCACGUCGAAAGAGCUUGACACGUUUUCUAAUCAAGUGGUUGAAGAACAUAAGGCCAUCAUGAGCUUGGGAAGUAGUAAUAUUAGUGUGAAAGACAACUUUGUUGAUAUUCUUCUGAGAGUUCAAAAGGAUCAAAAGCUUGAUUUUGAGCUUACUCAAAACGACAUAAAAGCUAUCUUACAAGACAUACUCUUAGCUGGAACAGAGACUACGUCAACAACAUUGGAUUGGUUCAUGGCAGAACUAAUGAAACAUCCAAGAGUGAUGAAGAAAGCUCAAGAAGAGGUGAGACUAAUAGUGGGAGAUAAGCCGAAGAUCGAUGCGAAUGAUAUUAACAACAUGGUUUACUUGAAAUGUGUCGUAAAAGAAACUAUGAGGCCACAUCUACCUGCUCCUCUUUUGCUUGCUCGAGAAACAACAGAGAAAAUCGAGCUUGGAGGGUAUUGUAUUCCAGCUAAAACACAAAUUUUCAUCAAUGCAUGGGCGAUUCAUAGGGACCCAAAGUCAUGGGAAAGGUCGGAGGAGUUCCUGCCCGAGAGGUUUGAAAACGAUUCAGUUGAUUUCAAAGGACAGGACUCCCAUUUCAUUCCUUUUGGUUUUGGGAGGAGGGGUUGCCCUGACUCCCAGACUGGCCUGGGAUGA